AUGAAGCCCGAACACGAUGAGUCAGGGGGUAAACCGGCUAACUCGCCCACCGUCCAGUGCCUCGUCAGCCCCCUGGCCACCAAGCUCAAUUUGCCCCACACGGUGAUGGGGAUGUCCGGGUUUGAAUUGCGGCUAUUACAACACUACAACCAGUGGGGGGAACGCUACAACCAGUCGCAGGACCUGCGCCAGUUGGUGUUGUGGAAACAGGUGAUGCCGCAAAUGCACAUGCUGAGCGUGCUCAUCAGGCGGUGUGUGUUCGCCUUUUCCGGGAUGCUCGCGCUUGCUGAUACCGCCCCCGAGGUAUUGUGGAGCGAUCGGCUUGACGAUACCGCCCCCGCAUUAGCUCAGCUCCACCGGUUCUCGUUCGCGUCGUUUGACCACCAAGUCCAGCUUACGCUGGAGCUCGUGGCUGCUCUACAGAAAAAUACUAUAUCUCCCGAAAAUCUCGGUCAAUUGCUUGUGCUGACGCUGUUUGUGAUGAUGGUGGUGGGGUACUUGCCGCUGAUGCCGAUGGUGGACUUUGAGCGGCGCCAGGGCGACUACAUCUCGCUUUUGGAAGGGACCAAGGUCACCCACUGGAUGGCGUACACCCGCUUGAAACUGCCGGUGCUCGAGUACGGGAUGCUGCCGCAACUAGAGAUGCUGGAGUACUCGGUGCUCCCACUUUUCAAACCGUAUUUCAGCGUGAUGGACGACGCCGAACUCACCCCACCACGGGUGAAACCGGUCGUCUUGGACACCCUCGUCGUCCUCAGCCAGGCAGUGUACGAGUGUCUGCACCAGUGCACCGAUAUCCCCUUGUUCCGCUUCUUCUACGCCGCCCCCUCUGCUUGGUACACCUACGUCUACGACCAGCACUUCGCUGCCCUCGCGUUGGUCAACUUGCUCUGCGCCACGCAGCUUCUUGUCGGCUACCAGUUCGACCGCCAACACAACAUGCAAGUGGAAUACAUGCGAUGGUACCGCCAGCACAAUGUGGAUAAGUACGGUGAUUGGCGGUUGGAACCCGAUCAACACUUGUAUGAAGCGGUGGUCACGCAGGCACUCCAAUUGACCUACACCGACCUCAAGACGUUUGACCCCUGUCGCCAUGUCGCCGAUCAACGAUGA